CUUUUCGAAGCGCGGCCAUAUUUACUUACUAAAUUCAGAGCGGAAGAGACAAAAGGACGGAGUUAAAGUGAAGCUACAGCAACAAAGUGUUUCUCAAGCGUAAAGAGAAGGCUUGUGUUUAUUGAUUCAGCGAAGACCUCUUAAAUCCUUCGAAUUGGGAACUGGAAGGUGGCAGACUUCCAGGAGUUCCAUCACUGCAGUGUUCAGGGAGUCAACUAGCAAGAGAGGAGACAAAGGACUUGAUUUAUAAAAGGAAGAAUUGGAUUAAUUCUGGAUUGACUUUGUAUUGAAUUUCGGUGUCGCAGUGCUGGUUCAGUGGAAACAUCUUGGUUUGAAAUUCCUCAUAGAGAUUAGGAAAUACCAAGAAUUUUAUGGAAGUCCUGAGGACCAUAACAUGAAAGCAGCAUUUCUAAAUGUAAAAGGCUCUUAAGCACCAGUAUCCAAUAGCAGUACUGGAGAUAAUAUAACUCGUAAGGGAAAUACACAGUAAUAUGAAACAUUGGAAGUCAGUUUAAAACAGAAGGAAGAAUUAAAAAAAAUCUUCAGGUAUAAUUAAGGCAUUAUUGUGCUUUCACACAAGACAAAUUUAAUUGGUUCUGUAUAUUAACAGUGGCAACAAGUUAUAUUUAUUCAUAUAAAUUCAUUUUUCUCCUGUUUUGGGAGAGUUUCUUAUAGACUAUUGUCAUGUGUUAGCCCCUCUUCUUUUCAAGAGGUCUGCACAUACGAGCUAGACAGGUACAAAAUAGAAGUGUUUACACAGUAGGGCACUGAAUUUGACAGAUGCAGUGAAGGUAAAGGAUAAAUACAACAGCCUAGAAGAGAUCUGCAGAAAACCCCAGACCAUUAUACUUACCUAUAGCAAUGGCUACUGCAAGAACAGAGAUCCCUGCUUCAGUCAUGGGACUGACCAAACAGAAUGGACAGCCCAAGCCAAUGGGCCUCCAGUCAGGAUCUGUCACUGGAUUGACACAACCAGGAAAAGCACUCAGUGCUCCCCAUAAAGGAAGCAGCAUACCACAGACGAGCGGUGGAAUCAAAUUUGGAGAUGAUUGGAAAAAGUGCCUGCAGCUCCCACCAAAAGACCUGAGAGUGAAAACCUCGGAUGUGACUGCAACCAAGGGGAAUGAGUUUGAAGACUACUGCCUUAAGCGUGAAUUGUUGAUGGGCAUCUUUGAAAUGGGUUGGGAGAAGCCCUCACCUAUCCAGGAGGAAAGCAUUCCCAUAGCCCUGUCAGGGAGAGACAUUCUAGCCCGGGCCAAGAAUGGCACGGGGAAGAGCGGAGCCUACCUCAUUCCUCUCCUAGAGAGGAUAGACUUAAAGAAGGAUCACAUUCAAGCCAUAGUAAUGGUGCCAACUCGUGAAUUGGCUCUACAGGUGAGCCAGAUCAGUAUCAACAUGAGCAAGCACCUAGGUGGAGUCAAGAUCAUGGCUACCACUGGUGGCACCAACCUGAAAGAUGAUAUCAUGCGCCUGGAUGACACAGUGCAUGUUGUGAUGGCCACUCCAGGCAGGAUCCUAGACCUUAUAAAGAAAGGUGUGGCCAAAGUUGGCAAAGUCCAAAUGAUGGUAAUGGAUGAGGCAGAUAAGUUGCUCUCUCAAGACUUUGUCAUGCUCAUUGAGGAAAUCAUUAGCUUUCUGGACAAGAAUCGGCAGAUUCUGCUCUACUCUGCCACCUUUCCCAUCAGUGUACAAAAAUUUAUGGCUAAACAUCUCCGAAAGCCCUAUGAGAUUAACCUGAUGGACGAGUUGACUCUGAAAGGCAUAACUCAGUACUAUGCCUAUGUCACAGAGAGACAGAAAGUGCACUGUCUCAACACUCUCUUCUCCAGGCUCCAGAUCAAUCAGUCAAUCAUCUUCUGUAACUCCACCCAGAGAGUAGAACUUUUGGCUAAGAAGAUCACACAGUUGGGCUACUCCUGUUUUUACAUCCAUGCAAAAAUGAUGCAGGAGUACAGAAAUCGUGUGUUCCAUGACUUCAGAAAUGGCCUGUGUAGGAACCUGGUAUGCACAGAUCUUUUCACAAGAGGAAUUGACAUCCAGGCUGUCAAUGUGGUGAUCAACUUUGACUUUCCCAAAAAUGCAGAGACCUACUUACACCGCAUUGGUAGAUCAGGCAGGUAUGGGCACCUGGGCCUGGCCAUUAAUCUGAUCACAUCAGAUGAUCGUUUUAGUCUAAAGGCCAUUGAGGAGCAGUUGGUGACUGACAUUAAGCCAAUUCCUGGCUCCAUAGAUAAGAGCCUGUACGUGGCAGAGUUCCACUCCGCCAACGCUGAUGAAGAGGAGGAAAGAGAGGCUGCACUCUGAUCUGCAGAGCUCAAUGCACCUUAAUGGGAGAAAAGAUGAAUGUUGACUGGCAUUUUGCAUGUUUUCUGCUGAACGCGGGCACAAGGAUGAAUCUCCUACUCUUAAAUUUGCUUUUGAGUUAUUUGUUACCAGUUUGUCAUGUCCACUGAUUUGCUGACUCAGCCAAGCUCUCAAACUGCCAGCUGUUAUUACUACAACUCAGGUUACUGACACUGUUGUGACAAAAUGUUACACCUGCCGAAAUCAUGCCAUUAAGGUAUGAGUUUUGCAUUACCAGUUCACCACACAUUAAAACUCAUGUCAGUGCUGUUGUGCUUUUUACCAAAAAUGAAAUAGCACUUCAUUUUCAUAUAUAUAUGUAUGUGUGUGUGUGUGUGUGUGUGUGUGUGUGUGUGUGUGAAACCUACCUCACUCCAAAAUCCUCUGAAUGUUAAAUGCUUAAGAUUCCAGCAACUUCUUUAAAUGUCUUUGCAUCUCCACUGAUAGUUUCCUUAUGAUUCUUCUGCUUUCUCACACACUCAAGUGCCUUAGUGAUGCACUCUGGUGAGUCCUCUGUAAAAUGUAUUGCAUUGUCAAUUUGAGGAAUCUCAAACGCUAAUCU